UGCAACUAUGGGGCAAGUUCUUUCGGGUUUGUGGUCAGAUCUAAACAUAAUAUUUUUUACAGCAACAGAGGCCGGACCAUUUAACCGCUUCCUGUAACGAACAAACCAAACAGAAGGCAAAGCAUCAUGGGUAUUUAACCCGAGGCAACAACAGAGAGAACCGACCCAUUGCAUUGGAACUGAGUGGGUUAAUGGGUUUCCUAUGGGGUCAGUCAGUAUGGCAGCACCGCCGCUCUCCCUGCUGGGCGGAACCACAGGCUGAGUGAUACCAAGGGAGGGUUCUGAGUGGGUCAGUAAUUGCUAUUGAUCCGCUUCCCAAUAUAUCCGCUAGAGAAGCGCAGAAGAUUCCGGUACAGCGAAUGGAAAGGCAGAAAUAGCAGCUACAGACUCGCUGCGGACUUAACCCCUUGUGGGGAGGGCGCCUUAUAGUCAGUUAGGACUUUGCAGGUGGAAUUCACCCAAGCGACGUUGCAGUUGGUCAUAGACUUUUGCUUCACUCUUGUGCGUCUGUUCCUGCGAGUGUCACGUUAGAGUUGGACCUGGGGGUCUCACAGGGGUCUCUUCCUAUAACUGGAUAUUAUACCCUGCGAGAGCGGCAGGAUUGACUGGAAGGGAAGGGGUUACACAGAAGAGGAAGUUUUGUUGCACACAUUGGGGAUACUCGGUACCGCUCUGUCACACAGCUUGUGGGUUUGGGCCACUUCCCGUGACAGCUUGAGUGGAAGGAGAAGCAGAGAGACAGAGAGAGACGGCAGCGACGGAGCUCAGAGAGACAUGGAGCUCUUACAGAGACAUCUCCCCCGGGUGUACGAGGCGCUGCAGAGCGCUCUGAAUUACCUGGGAACUGUAACUGCACAGAUAUUUGGAGCCCCCCCACCAAGUCGUCAGCAUGAAAGGAAUGCCCAGAGGCACGUGGCCCUCGGCACCGCUCCACCCCAGCCGACCCACAGCUCCGAGACCCCUGCGCCGACUAAUGGGCAAGGGGCCGAUACCCACGGCACCAAGAUAAAUGAACACCUCACACCCCUUGAAGACAACACAGUUUUGGUUCCACUAUCAGGACUAGAGGAAAGGGAUCCACCAUCAGGACUAGAGGAAAGGGACCCACCAUCAGUACUAGAAGAAAGGGACCCACCAUCAGGACUAGAAGAAAGGGACCCACCAUCAGGACUAGAAGAAAGGGACCCACCAUCAGGACUAGAGGAAGAGGAUCCACAAUCAGGACUAGAGGAAAGGGACCUCCCAUCAGGACUACAGGAAAGGGAUCCACCAUCAGGAUCAGAGGAAGGGGACCCCUCUCCUGAGAGGGACUCUGAACAAACAGACGCAGUUCAUGCAGGAGUCACAGAAGAGCGAAAUAUUAAGAUGGAGCUUCGAAACAGAGCAAAGAGCGGCUUGGAGAAUGAAGCUUAUGAUGAAGGACCAAUCAGAGAUCUUUGUCUGCCCAGAGAAGAAUUCAGCCCUUAUGGAAAGCCCAUGGGGAUGAAAUAUGAUCAUUUUAAAGCCAAAAAGAUAAGAAAAUGCGUCACUUUCUCAGAAUAUGAUCAACACAAGGAAAAAAAAGUGGAGUUUUUCUCAAAUGACAAAUACCAACUUGGCAAAGCAACUAACAAGGAAGAACUGAGCGAGGAUCCAACUCCUCAAAAAAUCUCCAAUAAACGGGAACUGAAUUCUGGAAAUGUAGAAACGAGUGGUCUGGAAAGCAUUUCAUGUAACGCAUACGAGGGGUCAUCAGUAGAUUCUGAAUGUGCAGUAACGGCACAGAGAGAAGGACUAAGUCUGGAGGAAGACCACCAAGAAGUUCCAUCAGAUGCAGAAUUAGCUGAGGUGGACAUUCUGUCAACUACUGAGCCCAAAGAUGAUUUAUCCAUUCUUGUUACCCAUUCUAUGAUAUAUACAGAGAGCCCAGACACUGGGACAAAUAAGCAAGACCCCAGCCAUGAUUAUAUAAAGAAAGAAACCAAAUUAACGGAGGGAACCUUUCAAAAUGAUCCAGAGGAAGAUAUAAAAGAUGAGCCCAUAACCUCAGUGUGGACUUCACAAAGUACCCCAGAAUCUAAUUUGGCUCAAAAAGAAAUGUUUGAAGUGGGAGAACAUCUACAUGAUGAAAAAACAAAUUUGUUUACCCUGGAAGAUUUAGGAGCUGAGGAGUCUUAUGAAGAGGCCAGUAGAUUUAAAAUUGCUUCCUCUGAAGACAUAUCUCUGGAAGUUCCAGUUUUAUCUUUAUCAGAAGAAACCGUGGUUUUAAGUUUGGUAGAUAUGUUAGGAGAAGACUGUACUUUGGAAACUAAAGGACAAUUUGCAGAUGAAAAAGGCAGUGGUCACUUGAUGGCAGAGUCUGGACUGGAAAGACUGGAGACAGAACAACCAAGGAUUGAUAUGGGUGACCAUCAUGCUAAUGAAUGUCAAGAACUAAAUGUAGGUGCAUUUCAGAUGCAAGCAGGCCAUCCUAUGAUUUAUGGAGAAAUAAAGUUGGAACCAAUUGAUGGAAUAAUUGAAGGAAAUUCCAAUUACAUCCCUAGGUCAUUACAGGAUGACAUAAGAGAAGGCUUAGAAGAAUCAAAGCAAACCAUAUGGUAUGAUAAAUAUGAGAUGGAAAAGAUACAUCUCAGUUAA